UGCACUUUCACGGGUUAUCCUUGACCGCAAGGUCUAAAGAAAUACAUACAAACAUACAUAUUGGCAAUGGACAUAAUUUGCCUUUGGCCUUUUACAAAACAAGCAUUUUAUGGCAAAGACAAACACAUAUGUACAUAUAAUCAAAUAUGUUAAAUGAAUAUAAUACUAAAUAAUGAUAAUGAUACUGUAAACUGUGAAAGUUACAAGUGUAAAGUAUAUAUUAUGUGCUACUAUUCUUAGUAAAUUAGUCUAUACGUACUGUAUAUGAAAUAUCAAUGAAAACACAGUAUAUAUUAAAACAAAUAUGUUGACUGUACAGAUGAUUCUUUCUAAGAAGCAGCUAAAGUUUUUAAUCUAUCUUCUCUAAGUUUCAUAGCAUGGUACACAAAUUUUGCGUUGUUGUUAACAGUUUUCUUAUUUUUACUACCCAUAAGGUACUUAAAUUUUGCCAGUGUCGGCCAGGUUGAUUUGAUACAAUAUUUAUUUCUAAGAUGUUCAUAAAACAUACAGCAUAACAUAAAAUGGUAUUCUGAUUCUACAGUGUUCUGAGUACAUAGCUUACAAGUUCUAUUGUCCCUAACGCUAUUUGUAUAUCUACCAGUUUCAAUCUCUAAACAGUGGGCAGAGAGUCUGAAUUUAGACAAUUCUAUUCUAUAUUUAUCACUCUUAACGAAAAUGAAAUAAUCUUCGCACACAAAAUCCGUUUUGAACAUACAAUAAUAAUGCAUUUUUGUUUGAUUUGAUAAAGCCUCAUGCCAUGUCUGAACAUACUGAUCUCUUAUUCUUUGAGUUAAUAUAUGAAGAUAGUGAGCGGUGUUUUCAGGAUUGAAAACGUUAACAAUAUUACCAAGACCAAGACUAUAUAUAUAUAUUUAACUAAUGAGGCUUGCCAUACAGUAUUAUUACGUGGGUUAUGUAUACCGAUGUCUCUUUGUUUAAGAAGGACUAUAUGCAUAAGCGAAUCUGGAGUUUUCAUUAUUUUAAGCCGGUACUUUAAAGCUUGUUCCUUACAUAAUAAUGAUAAGGGAAACCGUCCAAGUUCCCCUAAAACUUCAACAUUAGAUGUUUGUGAUUUAACACCAAGUACUUUCUUACAGAAUUUCAUAUGUAGUAAGUCUAUCUCUUUAAAAUCUUAUAUACCCCAUACUUCGGAACCGUACAAUAAUAUUGGUACAACAAGAGAAUCAAACAAAGAAAGUUUUGUUUUAACAUCAAAUGAUACCCUACUAAAUAUAGAGAGUAAAUGAUUAUAUGCCUUUAGAGCCUGUUCACGUAACAUUGUGACGGCAUUGCGCAUGUUACCAGUAUGAGUAAAAUUAAUUCCUAGUUAACAAAAAUUAUCAACAACCUCAAUAGCUUUAUUGUUAGUACACCAUCUAAAAUUGUUAACAGUUUUCCUACUUUCAAAUAUACAUAUUUUAGUUUUAUUAGUGUUAAUUUUCAGUCCCCAUUUACACGAAUACUCAUAAACAGAGUCUAAUUGGUGUUGUAAGCUAACAGGGUUCGUUGUGAAGAGAGCAAUAUCAUUUGCGAAUAACAGCAUAAAGAUUGACAACAAAUUUAAGUCUUGCUCAGUCAUAUCUGUAAGAUUAAGUGAGUCCUUUACGUCAUUUAUAAACAAAAUAAAUAAAAGUGGGGAAAGAGGUUCCCCCUGUUUUACACCAAGAGUAAUAUCAAAACAUGAAAUUAUAUCUACCAGUCUUUUUAAAUAGCUCUAAGUAACUCUCUGCGCUUCUUAGAAGAAAUUAAGUUUUUUAUUGACAUUUCAAAUUAAAUCUUUAAAUAUGCAUCAUCGUUAAAUAAUGUGUCUGAACAUUAUUAAACAAAUUUUUAUUUUUUUAUCAUUUUACAUUUAUGAUUUAUUUAUAAUACUGCUUUAAAGUAAUUGUUUAAGUUUUAAGUAGCUUUUAGUAGUUCUUAGUACCCGGUAGCUUUUAUUAGUUCUUAGUAGCUCUUACCAGCUUGUAGCAGGUCCCUAGUCAAUAUUCAACAAUAACAGAUUUUGUAAAAUAAGUACAAACCAAAGAAAUUUGGGGGAAAAGAAAGUUUUAGCUUUGAAAGUGAGUUAGAAAUCGGGCCCGAAAUGGGUCUGACAGAAAAAACAUGGUUGAGGGAUUCUCAUUGCAUGAAAUUAUUGAAAACAAAAUAAGAUUUUCUAAUAAUGAAGUAGAAUUUAAGAGUAAAUGAAAAAUAAUGAUAAAAUAUUGAAUAAUAUUUCCAUUUAUUUAUCAUAUGUUUCAGAUAAAAGAAAUGCUUCACUUUAAAUAUAUGCCAGAGAUAUAAGAUGUGCUCAAGCUGCCAGUGGAGAGGUGAAGGGCAAGAUUUCAGCUCUCCCCUUGUGUUUUAUGGAGCUAUCAGUACUUGGCCAGCAAGGAAAUGGACAGUUCAAGACAUCGCAGAUAUUCUCCAAGACAAACUGCUGAGAUGUAAAAUUGCAAGCUGUGAUACAAAAGAGUACCAAUGGGAGACAGAGUGUGCUCAUGUCAAGGUUACAUUUCACCAUUACCUGGCAUGGCUGGAGGACAGUGUGGGGUCAGACAAUCCCCUACAUGGUGUUGACAGAAAGAGGUUUUCCUGCUACAUCGAUUACAAGUACAUGAAGGAUGUGUUCCAGGGACAUGAGGAAUUUCUCAAGGGAGUGGACUGGUCUGUCUUUGGUUUGUUGGGACGGGAUGGGGCUGACAGCACGCUAUGGGUGGGGAGUGGCGGCACAUACACUCCUUGUCACCAGGACACAUAUGGCUUCAAUCUAGUCGCACAGAUACAAGGAAGGAAGCGUUGGUACCUGUUUCCCCCAAAUCAGACCGCCCAGCUUUACCCUACCCGGGUUCCAUAUGAGGAGUCUAGUGUGUACAGCCAGGUCAACAUCCGUGCACCCAACCUUUCACACCAUCCAAAGUUCAAGCAGUGUACCCCGUACAUGAUUGAGCUGGGCCCAGGGGAGGUGUUGUAUGUUCCUCAACACUGGUGGCACUUUGUAGAGACCUUGGAACCAUCCUUCUCCAUUAACACCUGGGUCCCCCUGGCCAGUGACAGCUCCAGCCAUGUGGAGGAGUCAGUGUGCCGUCUUUUAUUUUCCAGUCUUGCAAGCCAUCUACUCUCCCCUGAACAGAUACAUGCCUGCCUCAACACUGGAGAGAGCCUCGAGUCCAGUAAGACAGACAUGCAGUAUGUGAAGAUGGCUGUCCACAAUCAUCUGUCCGAGUCGAGUCCCACUAGGGCACCACCUGACAACCUUCACAUGGUCAGGAGACACUUUCAAAACCAUACAGUUGAAAGCUUGUCCCCUUGUGGGUGUCUAAAGGUUGGCCGAAAACGAAAGGCUGAAUCUAAUGAAGAACAUGAGUGGAAAUUGCUGUGUUCAGGUAGCAGACAUCAGAAGCCUUGUGUGGACUCCUCAGAUAGUUCUGAAAGUUCAAUUUCCAGUGCAGUUGACUGUAGCAAGACUGCGAGUACUGUUGAUUCCAAACUAAGAAUCAGAAAAAAGGAAAUUGUUCAGAGACAAACAAAUGACAUUCAGAAACAGGGAGCAUCGAAACUUAAUGAUGAUGGGACAAAAGAAACUAAUAUAAACAUUGUUGCUUUGUCACCGAUGUCAUUUGACAAAUUUUGUACAUUUUUGAAAGGCACAUUUGGGUACAAUGGGUUUGAUAACCUGGACAGUGCAGCAACUGGUGUACCCAUUACAGAUAACACUGGAAAAAUGGUAAAUGUAGUUACAGACAUCACUGAAGGUGUUGAACAGGAGGAACACAAACAUACUAAAACAUGGCAUAAAUCUACAGUGGAAAAUGUAGAAAGUGUUUCUUGUGAAACUGAAAGUGAACAUGAAAGUUGUUGUGAAAACAAAAAUCUGGAUGAUAUUAGUUUACAAGAAAAGAUCAGUAAUGUGUCAGAGAUUGAUGUUAUUAAAGCAGUCUUGCACCCAACUGUUAUAACUCAGAUUUGUAAACUGUUGACAGAUGAUGUUGUUUAAAAUGUGUUGUAGUUAGAAAUUCAAAUGUGAUUACAUUUUUUUUAAAAAGAAACAAAUUGAAUCCACAUGCUCGUCAUUUCAAAAAUGCAAAACAGGGUUUUAAGUUUCAAAACAGUUAAAAAUAUCAAGUUAUAUACAACCUAUUAAUCUCUAAAACAAGUGAAAAGCGUGAAAGAAAUUAUUUUGAGACAUUUAUUUUGGAAUUUGUACAUGUUUUUUUACAAUACAUCAGGAAAACUAAUAUUCCCUCUCAUUCUUUGCCAAGCCCCCCAAAAAUAUGUUAAAAUUGUAUGUUUAAAUUUUUGC